AUGUCGACCAUGAUCCCAUAUGUACUUAAUUAAAUGAAAAAUACGUCCGUAGAGCUAGGAUACAGACUAGACAAACUUAUUAGUAAGGAGGAUCCAACUGGAUUUCUAUCAGGGCGUUAACACAAGAAAUGUGGCGAGACCGUACAACCGGACCAAGGUCCUCAAACAGUGGAGCCAGGCACUACCGGAAAAAACAAACUCCAGACCAUUUCAUUGCAUUUCAAAUUACAAAUCGAGAGAUAUUAAGAGAGAUGGAACAGGUCCAGAAAUCAAUCGUGUCCAAGAAUGCAUCCCUGCUUAAUGCCAUGACAUCUGUACAUAAAUCCCAUAUUACACUUAUGGUCAUCAGCUUGACUGACUAUCAUCAGAAACAAAGAGCAAAAGACGCACUUGACUUGUGUGCGUCUAGACUACAUUCGGAGUACAGGAACUCUCCUGUAGUGUUAGACAUAGCAGGCAUGGGAAGCUUCGGUGACAGAGUGAUAUUUGCAGAAGUACAUGGUAAAGAUGCCAAGAAGGGUGACGUCCUUCAACAUGCUCAUGAUAUUGUGCAGGCUUCCUUUGAAGAGUACGGCAUUUAUACCACAGAUACUAGAUCACACUUCACUCCACAUUUGACAGUGGCCAAGACCUUUACAGGUCCAGAACGUCUGGAAGUACCAAUGUCGUUCUAUGACCAUUUCUUUGGAAGCGAGUCCGUCACUAGCAUCCAGCUUUGCUCAAUGAAAGCAAAUGAAGGCUAUUAUGAUAUACUGCAUGAAGUUCAGUUUGUUUCAGGUCCAAAGCCUUCAUCUCUAUCCUCCCCGGAAAAGUACUUAUCUUAUAAUGAUGAAUCAGUGAAAGACACUGAGGACGUGGAAUCGGCUACAAAAGGCAUAGAGAGAUUGUAACUGAAUUUCGGACAUUACAGGCAGACAGAAUGCCAUUGGAUUUCCUAUUUGUACUUUUUCAAGGUUCUACAUGUAGAUCUAUUUAUUUUUAUUUUAAAAAUUCCCUGUGACAUGGCAUAUAUCAUCUAGUCUAUAGGAACACAUAUAUACAGUGAACUUGGAGCCUAAUGUGUUUCUGGUCACAAUACGCUUGUUCAAAAUUUUGGUUAAGGAAUAAUGUCAAACCAACAAAAACAGGUGUUAACAUUCCUCUUAGUAGUGUUCAUCGAAAUACUAGGUUUAGUGUGGUAUUAUAAAGACAAUGAAAACACUCGAUGAAAAGGAUAAUAUAUCUAGCUAAUGAAUUUAUCGAUACCAAAACUCAUGAUUCUUCAACCAAACUUCUAAUACUCUUGUCCCAUUGCUGUUGAGACUAAAAAUCUGGUAAUUUGAUCAUAUAAGCAGCUAUGAAAUAUAUUUCUAUGUCACUAUCUACAAGGUGAUUGGCCUAUAGAAAGAAAUCCAAUUUGACACGCAAAAUGUCUCGCAGAAGGACAUCAUUGACCACCUCACACAAAUCCGAGAUGAAAAUGGACUAAGGACAAAAAGGCUGAAAAUUAGAUUACUCAAUCUUUUCAAUGGGAAAAAUUACAAGUUUACAUUACACUGAUAUUCUCAAAAAGGCUGAAAUCAGCCAAUCGGCUGAACAUUUUCAUCUCUGACAAAUGUAAUUGGCGACACAUUUGUUUUUUUCUAGCCAUACAUUCUUGUAUUAUGUCACAACGCUGGCCAAUUUGGCUUGAUGGCUACACAGAAAUGUAUCAGUGAGUUUGGUAUAUAUUGGCGCAUCAAAAAAUGUUAUUUGCUUUCUAUAAAACACUUGCAAUUGGUAUCAAUAAUGCUGGUGUAGAGUGUUACUACAUGUAAAAGGUGUUUUCAUUGGAAAAAGUCUGAAUUGUUGUCGAAAGGAAAUAUACACAUGCAAGACUUUUAUGAAGCCAAUUAAGAACCUGAUAAUUUUUUUUAUACAUUGUAGUUAUGGCACUCUUAUCGUCGAUAGUGACUUUUUAUGUCAUCCAUUUUUUAUAUUUUUAUAACAGUACCAAGCUUUUUCAUUCACUAUGCUGCUGGGAUUGUGUUAACAGAAUAUUUACCACAUAACUGACCUAGCUACUCUACCAUGUGAUACGACUUUGUCAUAAAUAUUGUAAGACAUAUGACUAUUUUGUAAGACUAUUGUAAUAUCGAAGAUAGUUUAGGGCGUCACAAUUAACAUACUGAGUGGGUAUGACGUCGCAUGACUGUCUCUGUAGAGAAAUACAUAUCAUCCAAAAGAAAAUGUGCCUGUUUUGUAUAGAAAUUUAUUUACACUCAUUAAUAUGAGUUAUGUGAUAAACAGAUUCUUACACUCCUGACGAUGUCAUAUGGAAUUUAUUAAAAGUCGUUUGAUAAAUUCAUGACAAAGACACUCGUGUAAAAUCCUUUAUUUAUGGUGCUAAACGGAUUAAACAAAUAUUUUAUAUUUUAAUUCUGCAUUUAUCAAUUCAUGAAAUGAAGAUGUACAGGAAUUAAAUAAAAAAUAUCUUCAACAACA